AUGUCAUUGGAUCCGCAGUACCCAGGUUCGGAUCGGAUACAAAAUUUGAAAAAACAGCGGACAACGUGCGACCGUAUAAAUUAUAAGUAUCCUUGUUUCCUAUACAUUUUGACAUUUUGUUUUGAUUUCGUUGCUUUCUCCUUUACAGCGCAUCAGAUUCUCAGCUUGACCGGCAUUAGCUUUGAGCGGAAGAGCAUCAUCGGAUUCGUGGAGUUGACAAUAGUUCCGGUCAAGGAAACGCUAAAGAUCAUCCGAUUGAACUGCCGGCAAUGUCGUAUAUAUCGUGUGAUAUUGAACGACAGCUACGAAGCGACAUUUCACUACUUCGACCCGUUCCUGGACAUUUGUCAGGGUGAAAUUAAGAAUAAAUCGUUGGAGGUUUUCUCAAAAUGUCACCUGGAAGCUGCGAAGAAAACAGACUCGGACCACAAUGCGGGGGAGUUGGUGAUAGUUGUCCCAGAACAAGCAACUCAUUUAAUAGGGGAAGGACGGGGCUUGAGGAUUGGUAUUGAGUUUUCGCUGGAGGAUCCAUCCGGAGGAGUACAUUUCGUUAUUCCCGAAGGAGAAGGGACUAUAGAAGAACGAGCGGCACAUAUGUUUACAUAUGGUCAUGAGAACUCUUCGAGGCUUUGGUUCCCUUGUGUGGAUAGCUAUGCGGAACCAUGUACCUGGAAGUUGGAGUUUACGGUCGAUAAGAACAUGACGGCCGUUUCCUGUGGAGAACUGGUUGAAGUGGUUAUGACUCCUGACCUCAGAAGGAAGACGUAUCACUACACGGUGUCGGUUCCGGUAUCUGCUCCGAAUAUUGCCCUUGCAGUUGGGCCAUUCGAAAUCUACGUGGAUCCGCAUAUGCAUGAGGUGACACACUUCUGUUUGCCGCAGAUGAUGCCACUGUUGAAGAAUACUGUACGAUACAUGCAUGAAGCAUUUGAAUUCUACGAGGAAGCUCUAACGCAGCGAUAUCCGUUUACCUGCUACAAACAAGUGUUUGUGGACGAGAUCGAUAAUGAUGGAAAUGCGUACGCUACAAUGACGAUUCUGUCGACACAUCUGUUGCAUUCGAUUGCCAUCAUUGAUCAGACCUUCGUGUCCCGAAAGGUAAUGUCGAAAGCAAUUGCAGAGCAGUUUUUCGGUUGCUUUAUCACGAUGCAGAAUUGGUCCGAUGCGUGGCUGGCCCGUGGAAUUGCCGAGUACAUGUGUGGACUCUACUCAAAAAAGUGCUUUGGAAACAAUGCAUAUCGGAGCUGGAUUCGAGACGAGCUAGCUGAGGUGGUGAAAUACGAGGAGAAAUUUGGGGGAAUCAUACUGGAUUGUAGUCAAGCUCCGGCUCCACCAGCCGUAUCCAGUAUCAAUCAGUCACCGGCGGCUCCAGCUAAGGCUUACAACGAUAAUCCAUUUUACUUUCCGAUAAAAAAUUUACACACAAUCUCGCCAAAGUACAUCGAAAUCAUGAGAAAGAAAGCUCAUUUAGUUAUCAGAAUGUUGGAGCACAGAAUCGGCCAAGAAUUGCUCUUACAGGUAUUUAACAAACAGUUGGCAUUGGCGUCGAAUGCAGCUUCAACGAAGAUUAGCAGCGGAUUGUGGCAUCAAUUGCAUAUUUCCACAAACAUCUUCACGAAAGCGAUCUUUACCGUGACUGGAAAGGAUAUGGCCGUUUUUAUCGAUCAAUGGGUUCGCACUGGAGGUCAUGCAAAAUUUACCAUGACUUCGGUUUUCAAUCGAAAGAGAAAUACGAUUGAACUGGAAGUUCGUCAGGAUGCAGUCAACCAGAAAGGUGUUAAGAAGUAUGUCGGUCCCCUGUUGAUUCAGUUGCAGGAGUUGGAUGGGACGUUUAAACAUACGCUGCAAAUCGAGAAUAUUGUUGUUAAAGCGGAUAUCACUUGUCACUCUAAGAGUAGGAGGAAUAAAAAGAAGAAAAUCCCGCUCUGCACUGGAGAGGAAGUUGACAUGGAUCUGUCUCCUAUGGACGAAUCUCCCGUCCUAUGGAUACGCCUUGAUCCGGAAAUGACUCUCCUCAGAUCGGUCCACAUCGAGCAGCCGGAUUUUCAGUGGCAAUUUCAGCUGCGUCACGAACGGGACGUUACCGCUCAGUUGGAAGCAAUCGCUGCCCUUGAACGGUACGCUUCCCCAGCGACUCGGCUAGCACUUACGGAUACCAUUGAAAAUGAGCAAGUGUUCUUCGAAGUGCGCUGCAAAGCAGCACACUGCUUGACAAAGGUUGCCAAUGCCAUGGUAACGUCCUGGCAGGGCCCCCCGGCGAUGUUGACCAUCUUCAAGAAAUUUUUCGGAUCGUUCAGUGCGCCACAUAUUAUUCGACAGAACAAUUUUACCAACUUCCAGCACUACUUUCUGCAGAAAACCAUUCCGGUUGCUAUGGCAGGUCUAAGAACGGCACAUGGCAUCUGUCCACCUGAAGUUAUCCGAUUUCUGUUGGAUUUGUUCAAGUAUAAUGAUAACACAAAGAAUCACUAUUCGGAUAAUUACUACCGGGCGGCACUGGUGGAGGCGUUAGGGAACUCGAUUACUCCGGUUAUUUCCGUUGUCCACCAGGGAAUGACGCAUACAUCGGAGAACCUUUCGGCGGACUCAAAAUUAGUCCUGGAGGAAGUCACGCGGAUACUCAAUCUCGAGAAGCAUCUCCCGUCGUACAAAUAUACAGUAUCGAUCGCGUGCCUCAAAGUAAUCCGUAAGCUACAGAAAUGUGGCCAUCUGCCGACGAAUCCGAAAAUCUACCGUAGCUAUGCCGCUUACGGCCAGUACAUCGACGUUCGGGAUGCUGCAAUGGAAUGUCUGGUCGACUUUGUAAAAAUUGACGGUCGCUGGGAGGAUUUGGAACAUUUGAUCGAUAUGUUAGAAACGGAUCCAGAUCCGAUGGCUAGACAUAAGUUGGGUCGGUUACUGAUCGAAAAUUUACCAUUCGAUAAGGGUAACAAGCAUAGGCUGGAUCGGGAGGAACUGGCACUAAGGAUUUGGAAUAAUAUGAAUGGUCUUCUUUCGCACGACACACGACUUCGCUGUGAUAUGGUUGAUCUGUACUACACACUGUACAACACACGUGUUCCAAACUGUCUGCCAAACCCAGAACUAGCAUCAAUCCUGAAACCGCAGAAGUUAGCAUCGUCUUUUGCAGCGGUGACCGAUCGUGCGCCCGAGAUUGACCAACCAUCUGAAAUCGAACUAAAAUCUUUUUCGCAUAAACGUCCUCGAUCCUCGAGCCCGCUGGAUAUAAAGCCGCUGGACUUGAUCGAUAUUGGUCCUACGGAGCUGAUGAUGUCCAAGAGUCGCGAAGGUUCACCUCUUCUAGCCGAGGAAAUCCGUGAGGACAUCAUUUUGGAAACGGUCGAUUUGAGCAUAAAAACCGAAAUUGUAGAAACGGAAAAAUCGAUUCUCAAGGAAGAAAUUAUCGAUCUAGAUGAUAACAAUUCAGAGACGCACGUUGAUGCGCCUCCACCGGAGAAGAAAUCAAAAACGGAGUUUUAUUCGGAUAAUUCUAUAUCGCUGCCGGGAAUCACACCUAGCAGUAGUUCAGUGACUGGUCCAACCGGCUUCGAGCCGGGCAUGUUCAGUAAAUCAUCCGAAGCGUUGCCUACAGUUGCGUCCGAGCCGAGCAUUGGUAGUAAAUCCGAUGGAAGCAAGAAAAAGAAGAAGAAAGACAAGAAGAAGCACAAACAUAAGCAUAAGCACAAGCAUAACAAGGACAAAGAUAAGGAUCGGGAUCGGGAUAAAGACCGUGAUAGAGAACGCGAGAAGAGCAAAGAAAAGAAGGAUCCAAGCAUUAUACGGUUGAACAAGGAAGAUACCCAGGAAACGCUGAGUUCGGCAGAUUCCGGUUCUAGCAGGGAUAGUAUUCCAACGACAUUGGAUUUAACAUUAUAAAAUUGUAUGGCUAACUUGUUACUAUCG